AUGUAAACGUGGAGCUAAGCUGGUGCUUUGGAUGGAACAAAUAUUUUAAAGUAUCAUAAAUAUUAUAUAAAACAAUGGUAAAACAAACGAUUCAAAUCUUUGCCCGUGUUAAACCGACAAAGAAACCCAUCGCGGUGUACACUGUAGACUGUGAGGAGCAGGGUGGCAGCUUGGAGUUUGUAGUUCCCAGAGACUUGGCAGAUGGUUUUAUCAACAACAAGAGGGAGAACUACAAAUUCAGGUUUCAAAAGGUUUUUGACCAAACAGCCAGUCAAGAGGAAAUCUUUGAUGCCAUUGCAAAGCCUGUAGCUGAUAAUGUGCUGGCAGGUUUUAAUGGAACCAUCUUCGCUUAUGGGCAGACAGGAAGUGGGAAGACCUUCACCAUCACUGGAGGUGCAGAGCGGUACAGUGACCGAGGGAUCAUCCCCAGAACUCUGUCAUACUUGUAUCAGCAUUUCAGCAAGGACAACAGCAUGGUCUAUUCAACCCACAUUUCUUACCUGGAAAUCUACAAUGAGGCCGGCUAUGAUCUCCUGAAUCCCCAACAUGAGGCAUCUUGUCUAGAGGACUUGCCGAGGGUGACAAUCAUGGAAGAUCCAGACCAGAACAUUCACCUCAAGAACCUGUCAUUACUACAGUCAGCCAAUGAAGAGGAGGCUUUGGAUUUGCUUUUCUUAGGGGACACUAAUCGUAUGAUUGCAGAGACUCCCAUGAACCAGGCCUCUACACGAUCACACUGUAUCUUUACCAUUCACCUGUGCAGCAAAGUCCUGGGGUCAGCCACUCUACGACAUUCCAAACUUCACCUGGUGGACCUGGCUGGAUCUGAAAGAGUUGGAAAGACAGGUGUUGAGGGUCAGAUCCUCACUGAAGCCAAAUACAUUAACCUUUCCCUUCACUAUCUGGAGCAGGUUAUCAUAGCCUUGUCGGAGAAGAAUCGAUCUCACAUUCCCUACCGCAACUCCAUGAUGACCUCUGUGCUCAGGGACAGUUUGGGCGGCAACUGCAUGACCACCAUGAUCGCUACAGUGUCUGCGGAGAAGAGGAACAUUGAUGAGUCCAUAUCCACCUGUCGUUUUGCUCAGAGAGUGGCUCUGAUUAAGAAUGAUGCCUUGCUCAAUGAAGAGUUGGAUCCUGCUCUGUUGAUUGUCCGUUUGAAGAAGGAGAUCCAGUAUUUGAAGAAAGAGCUGGCUCUGGUGACUGGAGAGCAGAGGAGUGACGAGUUAACCCAAGAAGAGAUCCUGAAGCUAGAAGAGCAGAUAAGGGUGUUUCUGGAAGACCCUGACCCUGAGGUAACAUUAGACCUGGGGCCUGAUAUGAGGAAAAUCCACGUCUGUUUCUCUUUGCUAAAGGCAAGAGCGCAAGAUAGACCCUGUGCUCAGAAUGGAGCGGAUAAUGGCAGCAGUACUUCUCCAGGACUGUGUGAUGUGGAAGAGAGCCAAAUAAACACAGAAGUCCAGACACUGAGGGACAUGUUGACCCAGCGUGAUAAUGAGAUCAGUAUAUUAGUGAACAUGCUCAAGAAAGAAAAGAGGAAAGUUCAAGAAGUCAUUUCCCAGCUAGCCCAGUUCCACAAUCAAAACCCAUCACCCCACAAUUUAUCACAGUCACCCACAACCCCACAAGCAGAAGAGAGUGCAAAAAGUACAACCCCUAAGGAUUACAUGCAUUCUCGGCAUCUGAUGACCAGAAAACGAGCACCAGAACUGUCUGUGGGUCAGCAGGAGGCAUUUGAAGUCUUUCUGAGGGACCAUGAAGACCGUUUAGCUUUUGAAGACAACAUCGCCUUACUGAAACAUAGGUUUGCUGAAGCCAAGACACUUGGUGAGCAAGUCAACCACAUCAGGAUCCAAGUCAAUGAGCUAAAGACACAGCUGAAAAUGAGACGAAUGCAAGUGGCAGCCCAAGGCUUAACAGGGAACCAAACAGAAUCAGAGUCAGACCCUGUAGAGGACAGAAUCCUUAACCAGAUAGAGGAGGAGAAGAAAAAUUACAAGAUCACAUCUGGACAUUUAAAAGGGCUGAAGACUGAGAUUGAACAUCUACAGCUGUUACGAGAAAAGUCCAAAGUGAAACUUCAAUUAGAAUUUGAGGAAUGGUGGACCCAGGAGACCAGCAGACUGCAGGGUCAUCAUGCACAGAACACAGGACAGAGUCACGCCAGCCCUCUCAGCUGCAUGUUAAUCAGAGACACAAAUUCAAAAGGUUAUGACAAUUUCUACCCUGAGGAGAGAAGACAAAAGGAGCAAACUUCUUUCUAUGCCAGAGAUCAGAGAAAUGGAGACAAUACAUCCAAUCCUGUGACCACCACAAAACUGAGAGCUUUGCUCUCAACUGGCCUCUCAUCAACCUCUAUACCUCUAACUGGAGAUAAACAGACUGAUGCUGAUAUAUUGGCCUUUGUCAAAGCCAGACACAACCUACUAAACAGGACAGGAGUGGCAAAAUAAGAACACUUAAUGCCUAGAGGAGGACAAGCAAUGCAACUUUGGGCCAUGCUGAUCACUAAAGAAAACGUUUAUGACACCUAAACAUAGUAUGUCACAAAAUAACCUUCAGGUCACUGGCUCAGAAGGAGCUGUGUGUGUGACAAAUUUAAAAGCAUCACUUUGUAUUACACCUCCAUUUAAAAAUUGUCUAGUUAUCGAUCUUUUAUCUUUUAGUAGAGAACAUGCUGGAAAUGAAAGGCUGGAUUUCCGGGUGAUGCAUUUGCAUAGCAAACAUAUAAAUCAUUGGUGAAGGCACUCAUCUCACCUGAGCAAAUGUCUUUACAAGCUAUUGUAAAGUGUUAACCUGAUCAGGUAUCUGUUACCCUGCCAAACCCAAUAUAGUCUUAGUUACAAAGCGAUUAAAUCAUGUCCUUUUGUUUUUCUUUGUUUCUGGCAUUUUAAUUUACUGUCUGCUCUAUAUAAAAGUCUUUCUAUAAAACAAUAUCACAAAUUUCCAUCAUUUUAUUUUGUUUUGUUCCAAUAUAAAGCUGUCUGUCAGAUGUUUCUGGUAAUUUCACUGUUAGCAUUUUUUUUUUCACUAAUUCAAAGUAAAUGUCUGUGCUUUCUGUAGGUGUAGUAAGCAAGUCUGUUGGACAUCAAUGGUAAACUGGACUUUACUACAAAAGGCCUCUUUUGAGAAAAGGCAUAGAGUGAAGUUUAUUUUGGUUUCCAUGAACUGCAAUUACCCUUUUGACAGUGAAUAAAUGCUUCUAAUACUAUUAAAUAGUCUGUGACCAUAUUGUAAAAAAGAUGAGAAAAGGAAGCCUUUGCCUGCUACUGGCUUCUGUAUUUCCCUUUCUUUAGCAUAAAAAUCUAAAGACUAAGAUAUUUUGGCCUAUGAUGGUCUUUUUUGCAUGACUCUGAAUAGAUUUGUUUGAGCAAUAAGGUGCUGAACAUUGUUGCAUAAGGGAGCAGCAGUUGGACAUGGAUAAAUACUGUACCCACAGCCCCUUUGCUGCCUUUGAAAGAAAACAAAGUCUUACAGCAAUAUACAGACCCUGUCUCAAUACUCUAUAUAAUUACCAUAUGAUCAUUUACAGUAAAUAAUAUUAGUUAUUAUGAGAUUACAACUAUGGUGGUAGACAGGAAAUAAUUAUCUGAGUUUUUUAUUUGCGCUAUUUGUGUGUUCUAAGUGUAAAUAGCACCUGCACACUGCUUGGCUGUUUGAUCUCAAAUAGUCUGGUGGAAACACUGAAACUAGCCUAAAGGCAAAUUGCAACCCAAAUUUUGCUUCAAUGGUAUGGUGUGUAAGAUGCUGUGGAUGUGUUUUUCUCGUACAGACAAAUUGGGUUUGAUUCCCACAUUUCCUGUCUCCACUCUUAAUAUUUCAUUUUAAUACUAAUAAUAAUAACUAAAAACUAAUACGAAGGUCGAUUUCAUCGCAAUGAUACGGUCAUUAUGAAGGUCGGGGAGUUAAGAGAAAGGUUUGAUCUAGGUAAAAUUAACUAUGGUUUUACUGUAGCCAUAGUUUUAAUGCAAUUAACCAUGAUGUUACUUCAGUAAUAUGGUGUUCAUAUAGUAACCAUGUUUUAAUUUUGAGGUUACUAUGAUUUUACUACAAAAUACCAUGGGGAUACUAUGAUUACUGUAUUAAAACCAUGGUUAAUUAUUGUAAGAGUUAGGGGUACGGGGUGCUGUAACAUGUCUGUGGGACUCUAAAUAAACAAAUUAAACAUGUUGUAGUGAUGCCCCUCUACUGGAUGUUAGUAUUUAAUUAGGUUACAAAUAGUAUCUGCCACUAUUUGCACUUAGAGCAAAGAAGAUGCUUUUGGUUGCUAUUUAAACGUAGUGUAAAUAGCAUCUAUUACUAAUUGCACUUAGUGCAAAUAGCCUCUGCCAAUGAUAGAAUCUGAAUAUAAACAUUAGUUAGGGGUCCAAGCACCGAAGGUGCAGGAACCCUAUUGUAUUUGUUCCGAUUUUCUUUUUAUUAGGGGUCCAAGCACCGAAGGUGCAGGAACCACGUUGUAUUUGUUCCGAUGUCAUUAUUAUUUUUCUUAUUAAGGGUCCAAGCAUGAAGUGCAGGAACCUAUUGUAUUUGUACUGACUUUCUUUUUAUUAUUAACCUAUUGUAUUUGUUUCCUAUUUUCUUAUUAUUUAGGAGUCCAAGCACCGAAGGUGCAGGAACCCUAUUGUAUUUGUUCAGAUUGUCUUAUUAUUAGGAAUCCAUGCACCAAAGGUGCAGGAACCCUAUUGUAUUUGUUCAGAUUUUCUUAUUAUUAGGGGUCCAAGCACCGAAGGUGCAGGAACCCUAUUGUAUUUGUUCUAAUUGUAUUAUUAUUUUUCUUAUUAGGGGUCCAAGCACUGAAGGUGAAGGAACCCUAUUAUAUUUAUUCAGAUUUUCUUUUUUUUAUUAUUAUUAUUAUUAGGGGUCCAAGCAAAGAAGGUGCAGGAACCCUAUUGUAUUUGUUCCAAUUUUCUUAUUAUUAGGGGUCCAAGCAUGAAAUGCUGGAACCCUAUUUUAUUUGUACUGAUUUUCUUUUUAUUAUUAGAAGUCCAAGCACCGAAGGUGCAGGAACCCUAUUGUAUUUGUUUCCUAUUUUCUUAUUAUUAGGAAUCCAAGCACCGAAGGUGCUGGAACCCUAUUGUAUUUGUUCCAAUUUUCUUAUUAUUAGGGGUCCAAGCAAUGAAGGUGCAGGAACCCUAUUGUAUUUGUUCAGAUUUUCUUUUUAUUAGGGGUCCAAGCACCAAAGGUGCAGGAACCCUAUUGUAUUUGUUCAGAUUUUCUUAUUAUUAGGGGUCCAAGAAAUAAGGUGCAGGAACCCUAUUGUAUUUGUUCUUAUUUUCUUAUUAUUUUUCUUAUUAGGGGUCCAAGCACCGAAGGUGCAAGAACCCUAUUAUAUUUGUUCCGAUUUUCUUAUUAUUAGGGAUCCAAGCAUGAAGUGCUGGAACCCUAUUGUAUUUGUACUGAUUUUCUUAUUAUUAGGGGUCCAAGCAACGAAGGUGCAGGAACCCUAUUGUAUUUGUUCUGACUUUCUUAUUAUUUUUCUUAUUAGGGGUUCAAGCACUGAAGUUGCAGGAACCCUAUUGUAUUUGUUCAGAUUUUCUGAUUAUUUUUCUUAUUAGGGGUCCAAGCUCCGAAAGUGCAGGAACCCUAUUGUAUUUUUCCUGAUUUUUUUUUAUUAUUAGGGGUGCAAGCACAAAGUACUGGAACCUAUUGUAUUUGUACUGAUUUUUUUCUUAUUAUUAGGUGUCCAAACACCGAAGAUGCAGAAACCCUAUUGUAUUUGUUCUGAUUUUCGUAUUAUUUUUCUUAUUAGGAAUCCAAGCACCGAAGGUGCAGGAACCUAAUUGUACUUUUCCCAUUUGUAUUAUUUUUCUUAUUAUUAGGGGUCCAAGCACCAAAGGUGCCGGAACUUAAUGUAUUUUUUCUGAUUUUCUUAUUAUUUUUAGGGGUCCAAGCAUGAAUUACUGUAUCCCUAUUGUAUUUGUACUGAUUUUCUUUUUAUUAUUAGGGGUUUAAGCACGACAUGCUAGAAACCCUAUUGUUUUUGCUCAGAUUUUUUUUAUUUAGUGGUUCAAGCACGAAGUGUUAGAAAUCCUAUUGUUUUUGCUCAGAUUGUUUUAUUAGGUGUUCAAGCACGAACUGCUGAAACCCUAUUUGUUUUGUUGGAAUUUUUAGGGGUUCAAACCCAAAGGGCUGAAACCCUAUUGUAUUUGUCAGGAUUUAUUAUUAUUAUUAUUUUUAUUAUUAUGCUUUAAAACUGAUCAUGCAGACCAAACCGUAAGUCGUAGAGAGCUGAAACUCUCCAAUUUAAUUUCCGUCAUGAAAAUUGUUGCUCUAAUUUGCAUAAUUAAAAAAAAACCUACUUUUCGAACUCCUCCUAGGCCGUAUGUCCGAUUCUCAUGAAAAUUGUGGUGUGUCUACUAUGAACCCUCCUGACAAAAAUGUAUCAAAGGAAUUUUGAUUCGUCAAAACAUUGCGAAGAUAUAAACCAACAAAUUGGUCAGGUGCCAUUCAUUUUGUACGUAUUGACCAAUAUCUACCAAAUGAAAAGGCCAAAUGUUACGAACCUUGACACACAUAUACAACAGCACAUUUUGAGUCUGCAUGCAAAAUUGUGAAAACAUUUGCCAAUAGGGGGCGCUACAACAAAUAAAUGCUCAUAACUCCUCAACUGUAUUAUCAAUGAAGUUGAAAAUUGGUAUGCUUCUUAUAGGGGCCAAAUGCUAACAUAUUUUACAAUAUGACAAAUAAAAAAACAUGGCCGCCAGCACCCAAUCAAUUUUCAGCAAAAUGGCUGCAUAAAUGGUGUUUAAAUUAUUGUAUAUUAUCCAAUGUUACCUGCUAUUGUGAACUACAUCUAGGACUUCCUAGGUCAACAAUUAUCAAAGAAAAGUUGAACUUUAGUUAUUUAUUUAGUUAUUUAGGGGUUGCAUUUAUCAUGUGGGUUUGACCAAGUGUAUCCAAAACCCUGUAAUUCCUCAAAUAAAUAUUCAAACUUCUAAAACCUUUUUGGAGAUUGGGUGCUUUGUGGCUUUAUAACAGUUAAAAAGUAAAAAAAAAAAAAAAAUGACCACCAUAACAAAUGAAUACGAAACAUGUUAAAAUACAGAACAUUUUGGGGGAAUACAAACUGCAGAUAAAAAGAACACAGCGAUGAAGUGGUUCAGCUCUAAAACAUCAAGACUGCAAAAUACACACACUCACACAGAAACACUUAUGCACACACAUAUGAUCAAUAAUGAUAAAUCAAUAAUUCAGUCACAAUACAGGAACAAAGCACACAUCAAUGAAGGACACAUCAAUGAAGGGGUUAAACUCAAAAACAUCAGGAGUGUAUAUUAGACACACCCACUCACAUGUACACACACUUAUACACACACAUACUGUAUACAAACAGUGAAAUCAUAGGCUGAGUUUGAGACUGUUUACCAGUUAGUUGAGUCUGAAGACUCAACUAAGAGGUUGAAAUCAGGCAGUUCUACCUCUGAUGAAGCAUUCCUUUUCUUUUUUGUUUUUUAUUUCAUUUUUAUUUAAAAUGAAUGUUUGAGUUAAUGUGUAACAAAAUUAUUUCUCUGUGUUCAUGCUUGACUGUAAUCAUGAUCCAAAAAGUGAUGCUUAAAAACAACAUUUUAACAAAGAAAAAUAAACUUUAACAAAAAGUAGUUUGAUAAUGUCUAAAUAUACAUCCAACCUAAUAAAAGUAAAUAACUAUGCCUGAAAACACAUUAAUCAGCUAGGUUUGCACUGUUUAUAUAUAGAGAGAGCUUUACAGGCAUCUAGUGGCCUCACCAUGGUAUUACAUAUGAUUUUCUU